ACAGAGCAUGAUUCCUUCUCAAAAACAACAACAACAAACUAAAAAGCGUCCACAAGUUUUGUAGAAAAUACAAAAGCCUUCAUAUUUUUCCUGACAGGGCCAUAGAGGCCAAGCUAGAACCCUAACACCAUGGAAUAAGGAGUGUUCUCCAGGGCAGGAUUCCUCAUCCUAAUUCUCCCUGUGUGCCUAUGUAAGUUCAUUUAGGAAAAACUUUAUUAUAUUUUCAGUGACAUCUUUCAUUAAAUUAUGAUAUCUGUACCUAUUUUAAAAUAUUGAACUAAAAGGGAACAAUAUAAUCUCUUUUUUAAAGAAAGGGCCUCCAGAGAAAAGCCUGCAUUUCAUAGAAUUUAAAAUGGAUUCUCUACUAUGUCUAGCAAUUGAUUGGAUCCCUUUGCAUUGUAAGGCUCAGGUUCUCUUUCAUGUCCUGUAGAUACUGAGGAAGUUAUUUACGCAAUAACUAUUAACCAAUGAAUGAAUGUUCCAAUUAAGUUGUUUUAAUUGCCCAAGUUAUCCUCAAUAUGAACUAUUAUAAUAUUGAGUCAUGUUGACCCCUUUGAUAAAAUUUUGGUAGAAAGUAACUGUAUUCAAACAAACAAACAAAAAGAAGUGAACACUCUUCUUACCUAAAUCACAAAUUAUUUUGUGGAUUAAAGAUGCCAGCACCUGAGACUUGAGGAGCAGAAUGAUGCUGGCAGUAAACCCUUUAUAGACUUUCUACUGUUUGGGGGUGUGGAGGAGAAAAAGAGCCUGAAAAAAAGAGGUCAAAUGGACUCCUUCUUCCUAGAAGGCUGACCCCAGGAAUCCUCUGAAAGUCACCUCUACCUCUACCCUAUGCCCUCUCUUCAAAUGACAAAAUCUACUGGAAAUCUCCUGUGUUCCAAGAGGCGAACAGUCCUUCAUGUGGCACCCCCACUCCUCGAUUCUCUGUGAGCCAUUACAACAGGCCAGAUGGUGGGGGGUCUCCCGGCCUCUCUGUCAAACAGUUGUGUCUGUGUCCACUGCAGCAGACGUUCUGUGCUUCUGGUGAACCUGUCCAAAGAGACUCCUGCCUCUGACAGAAGAGUAGGUCCGGGGGGAUGGGCCAGGCAUCUAAGUAGAUCCAAGGGGUUGGAAACCAAGUUCUCUGAUUUACACCUCAGAACAGCGGAAGCACAAGGACUGGUGGAAACAAAGGGACAGGGUAUGUGAGAUGCAGCCAUUCGAGGCCUCCAGGACCUACACUGGUUGUGUUAGAGACCCCUUUUGGUUGUUCCCCUGGACCGCAACCCUGAGCCCCCGUGGCGGACCCUAAGGUACUACUAUCUGCAGACUACCCCACCAUUAUCUGUUGUCCAUGCAUGAGAACUAGGGUUAGAAUGGCAAACCAUGCCAAGAGGAGCUGAAGCAGCUUGGGAAACCAGUAGGCUUCUAAGAUGAACUUUAUGAACUCUCUCCUAAUAGUGGGUGCUUUCUGGGUUUCAUUCAUAAGCAACAAAUCCUUUGCUAAAAAAACUGCAACAAACAAACAUAAACUCCCUGGCAGAGAAGUGGGCAGAUAUUCUGUACCAGAUACAUCCUAGCUACUGCUGAGUUAAUAAUGACAACUUCCAAUCUGGACAUGCAGAAUCAAGAGGAAUGAAAUAGCUUCCCUUUUUCUGUCCACAUCAGUUAUCUUUUGCUGUGUAAUAAAUUACCCCCAACACUUAGGGGCUUAAAAUAACAUUUAUAGUCUCACAGCUUCUGUGGGUCAGGGCGCCAGGUGCAGCCUGGACCACAGACCCUCUGGUUCUGAAUCUUUCACAAGGCUGCAUCUCAAACCUCAACUAGGGUAGGAUCCACUUUUCCAGCUUUUUCACACGGUUGUCAGCAGGACUCAGUUUCCCUUGAGCUGUUGGUUUGUUGCCAAAUGGGUCCCUUUGCAGAGCAUCUCACAGCACAGCAACUUGCUCCACUAGAGUGAGCAGUGCUAGGAGUGCUGUGAACCUCUCUCAAAGUUGAGCUGUCCAUUUAGAAAGGAAACUUACAAGGUGUCCUCUAUUCCAGGAACUUCAGCAUUUUCCUGAUUAAGGACCACUUUUAAUUUCCUCAAGGUUCUACAAAAGACCAAAAAAAGUAUGGGGGCUGUGGAGGAAACAGCGUGACCACAGGAAGUCCCACCCACUUCACCUCCCCCAGGUCUUGGGAAUUCUCAUAACCUUGGCGUGGAGGUUUGGCGAAGCUGCAAGAUCAUACCGAGGGUGGUAUGGAACCUGCUCUCCUCCUGAGAGCACAGAAAGGGCACUCGUUAUCCCAAACAGAUGACUUUGGUCAAAAACGCCUUUGGUCAAAAUUUCCAAAGGAGGAAAUCAACGCCUAGGCUUAGAACAAAGUCUUAAGCAAACCGGAAACAUCUGAGAGGAUUAAAGAAGUUCAGGUGUCAGGCAUUAAAAUUAUGGUUGGUUGCUGCGCAUCUCAUUAGGGGGGAAAAAAUAGAAAUGUACUUAAAUGGACCAGAGGGGAGUCAUAAGGUUGAUUCUCAGGGCUGAGUGAUCUGAACUGCAGAGACAACCUUAGAGAGAAAAUCCAUACUGGCCAGAGACCAAGUUAAUGGAAAAUUUAAUUGAAGCGAAUGAAUGCUCAGCCUCAUAGGUAGUACGGCCCUGUGCCCUUUGAACCAGAAACGCUGGGCCAGGAGGCCACAGAGGGCCCUAAGGGAAAACUCCCUUAUCUGCAAGAACAAGGGGCGGGACUGAGUUUGAGAAAAGAAAAUCUGCAAACCUCCACAGGAGCCUCAGUGAAAGGCUGCACGCAGGGGAGGAAACCUUCGGUUUCGGUCACCAGGAAGUCCCUUAGAGAUUCACAGCAGAAGGCCCCUCUGCAUCCCACAGCACCAAGCACGUGCUGGAAACCGGGGGUCCCCCAGAGGAGAGCGGGAGAGGCUGCCGGGUGGCGGAGACACAACCACCAAGCCAAGACAGUCACCACUGAAGAGUACCUGGUGAACCCUGUGGGCAUGAACCGCUACGGUAUGGACCCCUCCGCCUCCACCUUUAACCACAGGGGCUCCUUGCCCCCCUCCUCCUCGCUGUACUGCAAGAGGCAGAACUCUGGAGACAGCCACCUUGGGGGAGGUCCUGCUGCCACAGCUGGUGGUCCCCGCACCAGCCCCAUGUCUUCUGGUGGCCCCUCGGCACCUGGGCUGAGGCCCGCAGCCUCCAGUCCCAAGAGAAAUGCAACCUCUCUUGAAGGAAACAGAUGUGCCUCAAGCCCUUCUCAGGAUGUGCAGGAUGCCAGACGGCCACGGAGCAGGAACCCCUCCGCCUGGACUGUGGAGGACGUGGUGUGGUUUGUGAAGGACGCCGACCCGCAGGCUCUGGGGCCUCACGUGGAGCUCUUCAGAAAGCACGAGAUUGAUGGCAAUGCUCUGCUGUUGCUGAAGAGUGACAUGGUCAUGAAGUACCUGGGCCUGAAGCUGGGACCCGCACUAAAACUCUGCUACCACAUUGACAAACUGAAGCAAGCCAAGUUCUGACUUUUUAAAAAAGCCACAAGCGAAACCCAAAACAACAGAUCUCAAGAUUAUCUUCUGCCUUACCAACAUCCCACCAACAUCACAAAAUAGACUCUCCUCUUAAAAUUAACAGCCACAAAGACGUGGUCUUUUUAUAAAACUUGUGAAUUUUUGCCUUUUAAAGAAUUUAACGUGAACCUUUUUGAAAGGCUCCUCUGUGUUAAUAAUUUGCCAAAAAAUUACAAAAGCCUCUGAUUUUUAGCAUCCCUGUUAUGCUGAUUUCUCUUAAAGUGGGUCCUAUUUGCAUAACGAGAGAGUGGGGAACUGAAUGCUUAUGUCCAAGGAAAGUUCUGGAGGGUUCAAAGGAUGAAAGAAGGACCUUUGUCCCUGCAGUCUCCGCAGGGACACCCACCUCAGCACCAUCUGCCUCUAACUCUGACCUGGGGACCUAUCCGUGUGAGCCUUGUUUGCCUCAGCUCUGGAAGCUGACUUCUGAAGAUGACUGCCUCACCUUGCACUAUCUGGAAAACUUGAAUUAUUUUGCUCCAUGAAAGAAAAGGAAAAAAAAAAAAAAUCUUUUCUAUUCCUAGAAAAUCUGAAGUACUGUGUUGCUCCGCUAGAGGGCAGACUGCUAAUGAAAUUUCAGGACCCUCACUGACUGCAGUAGCAAGAUUAUUCAGUACUGAGUGGAUGGGUUACGGUGUCUGUGAACAAGAUCUAGCCCACACAGAAACAGGGGAUUUAUUCCACAGUUAGCACCACAGAUUGCGACUUGGGAAGAAACCAUCAGCUAGAGGGGUCUAGUUCGUAUCCAAUCAUUAUUGACUGACUGACUGAUACUCAACUAGCAAAGGCAAGAAUUUGGAAGCACGCUCUACCCAGAUGGGACUUUGGAGUUCCUUCUCUUCCAGAGUCCUCAUUGAGGUGUUGAAGUGUUGGCAUGCCGAAGAAUCUUAGUGACAUUUAGCCAUGGGUGUUUCUUUAAAAAAGGAAAAGAAAAUGUCUCAACGAAGCUUUGAAAUGGGAGAGUGUUGAUUUCUAGUUACAUUGCUGGGUAAUGUAGUUGUAUCUGUGGCUAAUUUUUCUAGUCCUCAACAAAUACACAGACAUGCUAUUAUGGGGUUUAAUUCAAUUUACAGAUAGGUUUUCCUUCCUCACCAUAGAGUAAUAGAAAAAAUUGAUUUUCUGCCCCUUUGCAGCUGUGUCCAGAGAAGGACAAUGAAUCCACAAUUUAUUAGGCAGAGGGACAACUUCUCCACCAUUCAUUUUAUCCUUCCCUUUUCUCUGUUUCCCUCCCUGUCUCUUCUUCUUCUUCACACUGAGCAGAAAACAUAUCUUCAAAAUGAAUUCACCUUUGCCAUGUGCAUAAUCUCUUCCUUAAGAGGACAUCAACAGUGUCGGAGAUGAGGAGAUGAACAUUAGAUUUUGGAAUUUCUGGGAGGGAGAGGGUUAGGGAUGACUCAGGGCCUCCCUUGGCCCAAUGGUGAAUCAGAAAAGGCACCCAUUUCUCUGGAAUACAACCUGAGCAGGGGUCUCAGCUAGCAAGUGGAGCAGGGUGGGAGCUCAACCUCCUCACCCCUUGAUCAGCUGCCGUUGUGCAGAACAUGAAUUGCAUAACCUUGAGGGCAGCCCUGGGUAGAUCUGCAUAGUGACCCUCUAUAUAGUUAGAAUCCAGAUGAAGGCCAUAAGAAAUAGUCCAUGUCAUGCCAUUAGACCCGCUUUGAUGUGCUGUAUUUGAGAAAGCACAUCGUAGCCUCCUUUUCAGACACACAAAUGGUGGCUGGACUGACAGCAUAGCAGAGAAGGGGAGGAGGAGAAUGUACUAAACUUGCUCACUGAAUUGAGCUAGAGUGUGGAAGAGCUUGAUAUCUGAUGGUUUUGUUACAGGAAGGGGUUCCCGAUCCAGACCUCAAGAAAGGGCGCUUGGAUCUCAUGCAAGAAAGAAUUCAGGGCGUGUCCACAGAGUAAAGUGAAAGCAAGUUUAUUAAGAAAGUAAAGGAAUGAAAGAACGACUACCCCAUAGUCAGAGCAGCUCUGAGGGCUGCCAGUUGCCCAUUUUUAUGAUUACUUCUUGAUACUAUGCUAAACAAGGGGGGAUUAUUCAUGCCUCCUCCUUUUAGAUCAUAUAGGGUAACUUCCUGACAUUGCCAUGGCAUUUGUAAACUGUCACGGCACUGGUGGGAGUAUAGCAGUGAGGACAACCAGAGGUCACUCUCGUUGCCAUCUUGGUUUUGGUGGGUUUUAGCCAACUUUUUUACUGCAGCCUGUUUUAUCAGAAGGUCUUUAUGACCUGUAUCUUGUGCUGACCUCCUAUCUCAUCCUGUGACUCAGAAUGCCUUCGCCACCUGGGAAUGUAGCCCGGUAGGUCUCAGCCUCAUUUUACCCAGCUCCAAUUCAAGAUGGAGUUGCUCUGGUUCAAACGCCUCUGACAGGUUCAGCACCUGAGAAAAGUACCUUGAAUCAGGCGUUGGGGCAGAGUCUUCAAGAUUUUAAGGUGAUAGGUCCUGUCUCUCAAGAGUUUAUUAAUCGUAAGUGCUCACUGCUGGUCUAGAGUUAGAUACAUUUCCCUCAAAACAGCCACGGACAGGUUAUGUAUUCAGAACUGCCAGUGCGAGAACAAUGAGAUCCAGAAAAAUCCCACAACAACCCAGGUUUUUCACUCAUCUUUUUUUUUUCUCAAUCUUCCGAUACUUGUGGUACCUCUUCCAUGAACAGAUACCUCAUGUAGUGACUUCCAGUAUUAAGUUUUCAAAACUUCCUACCCACCCUCGUCAGUGCCUCCCUCACUACAGAGUCACAAACACUGGUGCUCUCAAAUAAAAAUCAGUCCCAAACAAUGUCAUAGAGAUCCCUCGAGUAGUUUUCAGGGGAGAGAUAGGUUCUCAUUUGAAGUCUCGGAGAAAACUGGAUCCAUGUUCACGUGGAACUGCUCUCACGGAGGUGCUAUCUCAUUUCGCAUUAAACUUUAAGCAGGACAGAUUGCUGAAGCCAUGAUAUUUAAGGUUUGACUUUUUAAAAAUCUCAUUACUCUUAAAAUAAAUGCUGCCACAUCAGAGAAUAACCUGGGGAGGAAAAUCUUCCUUGACUGCUUCUGCACUGAAAUGCAAUUAGCCAACUAAAUUAUUGUAGCAAUACUGCAAUUAUAAUUAAUUUUCACCCCUCUCAAAAAUCUUGUCAAACCAGGAGGCUAAAUAGCUUCACAAAUGUAAAACACACCAGGCCAUUUCCUCUAAACAGACCUUAAAGGGUUAGGCCACGUGGGUCACCCUUGUCCAAAUGAGAACCGACUUGAGGGCCUCGCACUUGUAUAGAUAUGGUACUUGUUAUUCCAUUGCAGUAGCUUUGCUUCAGGUUGUAGUGAAUAAUGAUAUCAUUUUGCAUAAUUCCAAAUUAGAGUGUGUAUGUGUGUGUGCCUGUGUUCAUGCUCCAAACAUUUCCAAUUACACUUGUCUGUUAAACACCGAAAAAAAAAAAAUCAAGAGACAAUUCUAUUGCCUAAGGCCUUUUAAAUAUUUCAUGAAUCACAUUAUUCCCUGUGCGAAGACUUUAGGUGAAAGCCGUGGGUCUUGUCUGUGUGUGUGUGUGUGUGUGUGUGUGUGUGUGUUUCCUGACACUGCAGUUGGAAGAGCCUUAGGAAGUGAGUACUUGGGAGUGUACGAGCCAUUGCCUUUGCUUGGUUUGCAAUACGGAGGCAGAACCCACUGUGGUCUGGUUGCUACUACUAAGUGCCCCCUCUUAUUCUACUAGGGUAUGCUCUUGAGGAAGCCGGGUGACCAGGGCUGCUCUGGGACUCUGGGCCUGCCCCCUCAGGAGGAUGAUUGUAUGUGCCAAGCCUGGGCUCCAGGUGACUCUGGGGAAACGCCUUGCUGGGGAGCCCACGGCAGGGAACAAUUGUCUUGUGGGCAUUUAGCACCUACCAGAGAGUACAUGGAGCUCUCACCAUUUCCCUGCAGCAGGGCUGCUACCAACUAUAUUAAAUACAUUGGGAAGGAAUAUGGGACUAGGGCUGGUUUACUGGAGAAGGAAACCAGUGACAGAGGGAGGCCUACACCAUAAGUUUCUUAGGAAAACAAUGAAAGCAGCGAUUCUAACAGCCCCAACCCUUCAUGCUGCAAUAACCUAUUUUUGUAUCUAUGUGCUGUACGGAAUAGUUCUUAUUUUUUUAAUUAAAAUUCUUUUAAAAUUAUUUUUGAGAUGGUUUUAGGAGAAUUUUGUCAAAUCUCUGAAGAUAAUUGGAGAUGUCCAUAGGUGACCAGGGACUGAAAUUUAGUCAUUGUCAGACGGUCUCGAAAGAUGGAAAUAUUCUGCUCUUGUUCUAAAGAAACAGCCAGGUUUUCAUAUGUGUAAGCGGUCAGCAGGCAUGGUCUGCUCUGAAGGGGUCACUUCUCAGCUCUUCUCCACUGGGGAUAGAGGGGAAGGGGAUUGGACUCACUUUUUUUAAAAACCUCAGAUAACAAGACAUGGACUUGUGAAAGAGUAGGUUAUUUUUUUAAAAACCGCAAUCUUUUUUUAAGGAGAGGGGUGCAAACCUGUCCAUGGGUCUGAUUUUUUUUUUUUUUUUUUUUUUUUUUUUUUUUUUUUUGGUCACAAACAUUCUAAGAACUGAGCACCUGCCGGGCUCUCCUGUUGCCUUGCCAUGUGCCCCAUCCCUCCCCUGUGGCAUGAGAGGGCCACACUGAGAACACUGGGGAUGGUCCAGCAAAUGGUCAGACAUGCAGGGGAACAAACCUUCUUGUUUCCAUUCUGUGAUGUCAAGCCCAGCAGCAUCACCCGCCUCCACCUGCAGGCAGCUCCUGUGUGUCCCGCCCUGCUCCUGCAUGAAGAGCGCUGCGCACCUCAGCUUCCGGGGUGUUAUCCACUCCGACGGUUAUCCUAAUCCAAGAUGACCCCUGCACAGACGAUUGGAAGCUGGAUUUUUGGAAAUCUAGCAUUUGCUUGAAAGAGAAUCGCUGUUAUUUACUGCCGCCAGAUAAGGAUAAUGAAAACAAGUCUGCUAACAAUAGACUUGGUGUAAUGGUUCUAAUGCUAAUAAGCAACUGCUGGGACACUUCCCAUGGUAAAUUCCUUUGUGGUUUCGGUGGUGUUAUCACACAUGGGCCUCACCAAGAUGCCGGCCUGGAGAGAACACUCGCUGUGACUCUCCCAGGCUUCAGGAAAUGCCCCCAACUUAGAAGCAGUUCUGGGCAAAAGCACACUUUUAGAGGAGGAUUUGCUUUUCUUCACUGUGCUUUCACAAGACAGGCCCCAGAUCUGCGCUCUUAAAAUCCUACAUAAGAAGCCCGGAGGUUCUCCCCAUGCUUAGCAUUGGGCUCGAUUUCCUGCAGAGGAAGAGACGGCAGGUAGAGCCACAGGUGAUUAAACAGUGAUGCCAGACAGUGUGGGGCCAGCAGCAUCUUUCCAUUUGAAGGGUCUACAUAUACCACACAGACCACCUAUACCUCAGCUGUCUUCCCACCCUACCCUGCUCUGGGGCUUGACCACAUCGUCUGAGCCUUAGAGUCAGUUCCAUGCACUAGGUGCUUGCACAGGCCAACAUCAACCUCUUCUGUUGGCUCCAACUUUGGAAUACACCCGAAGCCUUGCUUCUCCAAACAGCUCAUUACGAAAUAAUGGCGCCUCACUAGGUGUGGCUUUACAGCAAUGAUGUAUGACCGAAGGCUACCUCUACCAUAAAUGUAGCAUCCUCAACUACAUUCUUUUUAAAGUGUUGUUGGAAACCCAUCAUCAUCCCUUGAGGGUGGAUUUUUUUUUUCUUUUUGGAGAAAGCCAAAGCCACUGGGCUCAUGCCUGGUGCAUGACAUGGGUAAUCAGUUUCAGGUUUCAAAUCAUGUGUUUUCACACACAUUCGUUUGUCUUUUCCUUGUGUGUUUUCUUACUUGGUACAAACAGUUUGAACAAUAACAGUCACAAUUCACUGGUUAACUUAAAUAUAUUAGGCAGGUGUUAAAAUAAGGAGCAGCAAUGUAUGGACUAUUUUGAAGGACAACAGUAUUUGGAUGUAUAACAUUCAACAUAUUCAUUUUAAAGUAUUGUUACUGCUAUAUCCUUAGGCAUGGUAAGCUGAGGAUAUUGUGAGUGUUUGCAAACAUACAGAGACCACCUUCACACGUAGAACCCUAGAAUCCUACAGUUGGGAAAAAGAGAUCUUGGGGGACACCUGGACAGCUCCCCUCCAGGGCAGAACCUUCUGCCCCGUGGGUUCCACAUUGCUCUUUGGGGGGCAGAGCAUGGUACAGUGUGCAAGAAACAAGCUCUCCAAGUCACCUCCCCCCGUACCUCCAUCUCCUCAUCUGGAAAAGGAGGGGAGUCAUCCAGAUGACCUUUAAAAGCAUUUCCAGCUCAGUUACUUUGGCCAAGGCCAGUGGGGCUGUGCUGCCAUAGUAGUUAUAGGCUGUUGACUCCUCUCUCUUCUUUUUCACGUCUGCUGGUUUCUGCCUCUCCUCCUUUGCAACCUUAUCUAGAUAUAAUUUGAUCCUCUUCUCUCAUGGGCCCAUAACUUCUCAAGGCCAUGUAAGCACCACUUGGCCAUUCUUUCCCACUCGUUUUUUACUUUUCGUUCUAUUAUUUCUUCCUGCCUCCGUGUUUUUUUGUUGGUUUGUUUUCUUUUUUGUCUUUCUCCAUUCCACUAGCUCAAAUGCCUUUGGGGAUAGAGACGGGGUAGAGAAAGAAAUAAGAGUAAGGCAACUCUGUUCUCCCUAGCCCAGUGGUUCUCAUCUCUGUCCAGUUGUCACCCACCCACAGUAUUUCUUGACUCUGCCCCGCUUCCUGCCCAAUCUCCACUUGUUCUAUUUCUCAAGGUCUAACCCUCUCAGCUCGAUGCCUGAGGUUGGGAAUGAGAGUCUCCGCCCUUCUGAAUGUUUCAUUCUGUGACUCACCCUGAUGUCCCACUGAGGCGCCUCUUCAAUCUUCAUGAAGCACAGUGCCCUUCUCACUAGCUGUCCCUCUUCAUUCAGCCCUGAAGCUUAAGUGACCUGGUGCCAAUUCGAUGUACCUCUUGAGAACCACAAGCUGCUUCUCCCGCCAUCCUGCAACCUGCUUGGAGUCACUCUGACAUCCAGCAGCAAUUCAGAUAAUGCCAAAGUUCUUUAUAGAACACAGCAUUGUCCAGACCCAGUUAGCACUGACUGUACAGCCUCAUGACCAAAGCCGGGCCAGAGCCUCGUGCGUAAGUGAGGAGGGUCCAACCAGCAUGAAAAACGAAGGACAGUGACGACAUCAGAAGCAUUUCUGGGGUGUGGUAUUGUUUUUGGACGUUUACAAGACUACUGAGACAUAUGCAAUAUUAAGUGGCUUGUGUCUGAGUAGGGAAAGAUGAUGACAUAUUUCCCAAAAGAAAAUGUGGUUUAGAGGAAGGAGAAAGGCAGCAUAGCUCUGGGGAAAAAAAAGUUUCCAUUCCUGGCCUUUCUCCAGCACAAUUGCGCACCUCGGGGUCUUUCUAGAAGUCAAACGUGUUUCCUCCUCAGGAACUGAAAGUAUUUCUGUCUAAGUGUGAGAAAGUUUGAGGGACUUUGAUUUAUUUUAUUAUCCAUUGUGUUCUAAGCCAUAUUAUUUAAUUUUCUGUCAUCUUCUAGCUAUAUCUUUGAUCACUUGGGGAUUUAAAAAAAGAGCUCCUCUCAUUUUAUCCUCAAGAAAAUAUGAAAUAUCAUUUGCUUUACAGAGAAAAUAUUUCCAUGUUAUAGAUAUCUGUUGAUUAGAUAAUUUAUCUCCUGUAUAUACUCAGAAGUAAUUUCAUUCACAUAAACAUUUCAUAUUUCAAAUACAUUUGUGGAUAAAUUUGCUUUUCAUUCUAUUCUCAUGCAAGAAAAUGAAAUAAACUGAUUGAAUAAAAUCAUUUUAUCAUAAUUGUCUUGCUGCUAUUUUUUUUCACUAACAGUGAAAACUUUUUGUUACUGAAGUAUGACUGUAACAUCAUGAAGCUUCUCCCUUCAUGGGGCCAAAAGGUGUGUUUUACUAGCUACACUAGGCUGUCAUUAUCCAACAAGACUCCCACUAACCAAUGAGGGCGCAUGAGUUAGUGAAAUCCGUGUUCCCAAGCUCGUGAGGUAGAAUCAUGAUGAUUGAAAUGUUAUGUCUUUUGUUUUGUAAGUUGACAGGUUUAUUUUCAGAAUCUUUCUUUCAACUCAGCCUUAGUUAAUCUCAUGUUUCCACCUCUUUAUGCUACUUCUCUACCCCAUAUACCCACUUGGGAGACUUCCCGAUCUCGUCCCAUCUGGGAGAGCGGCAGCUGCACCUUUUCCCUGGUAAAACGUCUUACUUUAUUUGCACACUAUGAAACAACCAGAAACCAACGGUGCAAACAGGUCAUCUCCUCAUCCCGGUAAGAUAGAAACAGGGUUGACUACCUUCCCUCUUCUCUACCGAGACAGUCUUUCCUCCCUUCUAAUUAAGGAUUUUCAGAGGGGGUGUGUGCACAUGUUCAUGUGUGUUUCUAUAAUUGGGUUUGCAAACUAAAGAGAAAGGUCAUCAGUGAAAGUCUGCACGUCAUUUGCUUGUGCUGAGGCACAUGUGCAAGAAGGACUCGGCGUAUGUACUGCAGAUAUUCUAAUUGCAUGAAAAUUCAUUGUGCUUUCAUUUCUUAUGAACGUAAUGGAAUCUUGGAACAUUAGUUCAACUCCAUGUUUUACUUGGAAGUGCUCGGGGAGAGAGCAGCUUUCAGCUUAGGAAAUGGUGUCGUUUCAGGUCCUAGGUUCUUUAAAAACAAAACAAAACCAGUGGAUCUAAUUUUGCAGACUAGACAUUAGUGAAUAUAGCUCAUUGUAAUGGUGAGUGGCGUUUACAUUGGAGAGAGACAGCAGUAAACCCUGUUACCUGGGGAAAGGGCCUCUCCUUAAUCUUUGCUCUUUGCAAGCAUGCUGAAAUCAGUGUUUCCUAAUUUUGGGACAAUCCUCUCACCUCAAAGUGUUCCUAUGUAAUUGUGUUACAUAAUGGAAAAUUGUAAUAGGCAAUUUGGUCCUGUAAUUCAGUUUGCAAAGCAUGCAAACAUAAGAUAACUAGGUUAAAUGCAAAUCGGCAUUACACUAAGGUACCGAGAUAGGGAAAAAAAAAGAUGCUGUGUCUAUAACUUAGAAACAACAUGAAUUUUAUUCCCCAUGUGCCUCAAAAUGUAGAGUUUAUUAAAGUUAUUUAUCUUCUAGUUUAAUUUCAUCACAUACUGUGCAUACAUAUACAUUAUCUGAGUAUGAACACACAUGUAUUCUUACUGCAUAUAUUUACGAUCUCUCAUUUGUCAUAAGCAGGCUGUAAGUAUAGUGUGUUACUUAGGAGUGAGUUGGAUGUACUUAUUUUAUCAUACACAGUGUUUUCAUAAAUUGGCCAUCAAAAUGUGCUUUAAAUCUUUCAAAGCCUGUUAUUGUUUGUAACUUUUGCAGGGGAGCAAUUAGUUCAUUAUUUAGAGGUCAAUUUUUCUGUUUUUAAUGUAUUCUCUUAAACAGUGAUUGGUAUGUACACCACAGUCAGGUAUGUACAAUUUCAUUAAACAACCACUACUGGCCUUAAUGAUUUUAAUAGUUUGGGGUGGUUUUUGUUUGUUUGUUUUCAUUUUUGAUACAGUAUUUUUUUCUAGUACAAUGCAUCAUGGGCCUGGGUAUGAUUCAGUGAGAUUUCUAAAUCUUAAGAUUUCAACACAAUGUAGUACUUUCUGUUCAUGCUGUAAAAAGUAUUUCUGUCUUUUAAAUAAAGAAUAAAAUUUAUGUGA